AUGGAAAAGGAAAAUGUGAUUACCAAAGAUCACUACUCAGUUCACAUCACAGCGGGCGAGGUCUUAGAUGUUUCUGACACAAACUUUCAAACAACUCUUCAAAAUUUAUACAUCGACUCAAAGGAGGAAAAAGAGCUGAUCAAGAAGCUGGAUAAGCGUUUCAUUCCAAUGCUCGCUUUUACAUUUUUCUUAUCAUCUUUAGACAAGACCAAUAUUGGAAACGCCUAUACCUCUGGCAUGAAGGAAGACCUAAACCUCAGUGCUCAUCAAUAUUCUAACGCAGUAUCUGUAUUUUACUCAACUUUUCUGGCUGCACAGCUUCCGGCCGUUUUAUGCCUGAAGUUGAUACCACCGCGCUACUACAUGUCUACGUUGGUGUUUUGCUGGUCUGUGAUAACUAUAUGUAGCGGAUUCGUCAAAUCAUAUCAUUCUUUGCUGGCCACGAGAGUGCUCCUGGGAGCCUUUGAAGGCGGAUUCUUCCCUGCAAUGACCCUUCUGAUUAGUAUAAUAUACAAACCGCAAGAACAAGGAAGGAGGAUUGCUCUCUUUUUUGGAUCCGCUGCUAUUUCUGGUGCAUUCGGAGGGCUUAUAGCCACGGGAAUUACUGCAGUUCAUGGGUCCCAUAGUCUCAAUGGCUGGCAAUGGCUCUACAUCAUUGAGGGGUUGACCUCAGUUACAGCUGCUGCAUGGCUUCUUUUUGGACUUCCAAAAGACAUUGAGAGCUUUAACUUCCUCAACGAAAAAGAACAAUCUUUAAUGGUUACUCGCGCUGAGCAGCAAGCUAAUUACAUUGGAAAGGAUGAAAAGUUUUCGUGGAAGUAUGUGCUGGAUGCAUUAAAGGAUUUUAAAGUGUAUACGGGACUUUUGAUACAGUUUUGUCAAAAUGUUACACUCUAUGGAUUUACCACAUUUCUCCCUGCCACUUUGAAACUUGGAAUGGGUUAUGAUUCAAAGAAGGCACAGUAUAUGAGUGUUCCAGUUUAUCUCUUAGCCGCAGCUGUUUUCCUUGCAUCAGCCUUCAUAAGCGAUCGGUACAACCUAAGGGGACCUGUCAUUUUUUGUUAUAAUCUGGUCACAAUAAUCGGAUAUAUUUUAAUGAUAGCAGUGAAGAACGCCGGAGUCAAGUAUUUUGCCUGCUAUCUAAUCACCUUUUCAGUCUACACUGGGCCAGGGCUGAAUGUAACAUGGACUUCAAACAAUGUUGCACCUCACUAUAAGCGUGCAACGGCUUUAGGACUCAAUCAAAUGUUUGGCAAUUUGGCAGGUGCCGUGGUAGGACAGGUUUACAAUAAAUCACCCUAUACAACUGGAAACACUUUUUCUCUUGGAUGCCUAAUAUUGGCUAAUUUACUCGCAACUGUGCAAGUGUUUGUUUUCCACAAAAGGAACGGAGAAAGAGAGGGAUUAGAGAAGGCGGGUGAACUAAAAGAAAAGCGGGCAGGUGACCAAUCAACCGCUUUCCGGUACUGCUUGUAA